AUGAAUCUUGGUUUUCUCUUCGUGUUAAUGGAUUUAUCUUUCUUUGUUUUGAAUUUCUUUAGUAGUUUGAUUACGCGGUGCAAGAAGAUGAAGGGGGCGGUGCUGGUAGCCGUUACGGCCACAAUCGGCAACUUGUUGCAGGGUUGGGACAAUGCAACUAUUGGAGGAGCCGUUGUCUACAUCAAGAAAGAACUCGAGCUGGGGGCAUCCGUGGAGGGCCUCAUAGUAGCCAUGUCUUUAAUCGGGGCCACUCUCAUCACAACUUGCUCCGGAACUAUAUCUGAUGUGAUCGGUCGGCGCCCGAUGCUAGUCAUGUCUUCCCUCUUCUACAUCACAAGCGGUUUAAUAAUGCUGUGGUCCCCUAAUGUCUACAUCCUACUUAUGGCCAGGCUCCUGGACGGGUUUGCCGUGGGCCUGGCCGCCACACUUGUUCCCGUCUACAUUUCCGAAACUGCCCCUCCGGAGAUAAGGGGCCAGCUCAACACGCUUCCGCAGUUCUUCAGCUCUGGAGGGACGUUUUUGGCAUACUCCAUGAUUUUCGGGAUGUCGUUCUUGCCUGCGCCAAGCUGGCGGUUUAUUCUGGGGAUUAUUUUCGUGCCUUCUUUGGUGUAUUUUGGGCUGACAGUGUUUUAUCUGCCCGAGUCGCCAAGGUGGCUGGUGAGUAAAGGGAAGAUGCUCGAGGCUAGGCGGGUUUUGCAACAGCUGCGUGGCAGGGAGGAUGUCUCUGGUAACAUGGCCCUACUGGUGGAGGGCCUUACUGUCGGGGGCGAGACCUCUAUAGAAGAGUACAUUAUCAGCCCAGCCAACGAGCCCUUGGACAAGGACCACAUCAAGCUGUACGGGCCCGAGGAAGGCCUCUCGUGGAUCGCGAGGCCCGUCGCUAGCCACCACAGCACACUACUAUCCUGCCAGGUCAGCAACACGAACCCGAACGUUCCCCCCCUCAUGGACCCGCUUGUGACUCUCUUCACGAGCGUCCACGAGAAGCUUCCGGAUGCUGGGGCAAGCACGCUGUUCCCCAAUUUCGGAAGCAUGUUCAGCACCACGGCCCCCGAGCCCAAAAACGAGCAGGAGUGGGACGAGGAGAGCCUCCAGCCGAGCGGAGAUGGCUCGGAUUGCGAUGAAGGCGGCGGCCACACGGAAUCCGAGGAAAACCUGCGGACCCCACUAAUAUCGCGCCAGGCGACAAGCGUGGACAAGGAUGGUUCGGGCGGGCCCGCACGGGAGGGGAGCACGGGAAUCGGGGGAGGCUGGCAGCUGACGUGGCAGUGGUCGGGGAAAGGGGAGGGUGGGGAAGAGGGGUUCAGGAGGGUCUACCUGCACCAGCACCAGGAGAUAGGGUCCAGGCGGGGAUCGAUUGUCUCUGUCUUGGGAGGCGGUGGGGAUGAAGGAGAGUUUGUGCAUGCGGCGGCGCUGGUGAGCCAGCCGGCGCUCGUCCCAAAGGAGCUUGCGGGCCGGAGGCAGCCCGUUGGGCCCGCUGUGGUGCACCCGUUACAGAAUGCCUCGGGUGGGCCUAGCCUGGUAGGGCUUUCCGAGCCGGGGGUUAAGAGGGCUUUGGUUGUUGGGAUCGGGAUUCAGAUGCUGCAGCAGCUUUCAGGGAUCAGUGGGGUUCUGUUCUACACUCCACAAAUUCUUCAGCAGGCAGGCGUAGGUGUUCUUCUCUCGAAGCUUGGUCUUGGGUCGGACUCGGCAACUUUUCUCAUUAGCGCCUUCACGAAUUUUUUGAUGCUUCCGAGCAUAGCUAUUGCAAUGAGAUUCAUGGAUGUAGCUGGUAGAAGGUCUUUGUUGCUCUCGACCAUCCCGGUUUUGGUUGUGUCCCUCAUAUUCCUCCUCAUAGUGAACAUUUUGGACUUUGGCACAAUGGCCCAUGCCGUGAUCUCGACCGCGAGUGUGGUCACGUACUUCUGCUUCUUCGUAAUGGGCUUUGGGCCCAUUCCGAAUAUCCUAUGCUCCGAAAUCUUCCCCACACGGGUUCGUGGCAUUUGCAUUGCCAUUUGUGCCCUCGUCUUUUGGAUUUGCGACUUCCUCGUCACAUACACUAUGCCCAUUCUCCUUAACUCUGUCGGCUUAGUUGGCGUGGCCGGGUUUUUCGCCUCGGUUUGCUUCGUCUCGUUUGUUUUCGUAUUCUUGAGGGUUCCCGAGACAAAGGGCAUGCCUUUGGAGGUUAUCACCGAGUUUUUUGCUGUCGGAGGCCAAACGAGGCGCUAG